GAAGCUUUUGAAGAUAUCGGACCCACACUUUGUCAACCUCUUUUGCUACUACAUAUCCGACAGACUUCUCCAAAACAGACAUAUCGCCCAUUUGCCCAGCAUCUCUUUUCACACAUCCAACAGUCGCUGCCAUGGCGGACAGCAGUAGCAGCAAUGACGCUGCGGCCGAAAAGUGCCCCGUCGACCACAAAUCCCGCGAGGUCUGGCUGCAGCAGGCCCGCGCCGCACAGGAAGCCGGUGCGCCGCCGCCGCCAAUGCCACCACACCCCAUGCCGGCCUCCUCCUCGACAUUACCACCGCCGCAGACCCCCAGCUCUCCAGCCUCAUCAUCGUCAUGGAACCCGCUAAGCUGGCGCUGGUCCAGCACCGCAUCACAAACAUCUCCCGAACCACAAACGCCACGACCUGCGCCGCGACCGCAACUCGACGAGCACCGCGUGGUAUCUUCCAUCCCGCGAUCCUCAGCCUCCCCCAGCCAACCGCCCGGCUCUGCAGCACCGCCGCCGUCGCGCCCCGUCAACCACGAGAUCGAAACGGGCGCGGACCCGCGCACCGGAAACUGGAUCUACCCGUCGGAGAAGAUGUUCUUCGAGGCGCUGAAGCGCAAGGGCACGGCGGGCGACACGCAGCCCGUGGACAUGCGCACCGUCGUGCCCAUCCACAACGCCGUCAACGAGCGCGCCUGGAAGGAGAUCAAGGAGUGGGAGGCGCCGUACCUGGACGGGCCGGGCGGGAACAAGUGCGGCGGGCCCAAGCUCGAGAGCUUCUCGGGCCUCGCUGCCAAGAUGACGCCGCGCGCGAGGCUCAACACGCUCCUGGGCUACACGGCGCCCUUUGAUCGGCACGAUUGGGUCGUCGAUCGCUGCGGGAAGAAGAUCGAGUAUGUGAUUGACUUUUAUGCGGGGAGGCCUGGGGCAGCGCAACGGCAGCAGCAGCAGCAGGGCCCGCAGAUAAACUUUUACCUGGAUGUAAGGCCCAAGUUGAACAGUUGGGAGGGUGUGAAGAUGAGGGUGUUGAGGUUUGUUGGUGCUGCAUAGAACUGGGCGGUUUUGAUCCUUGACUGGAAUUUGAGGACCGGGGCCAGCUUGAACUGAGCCUCGCUGUAAGAUGUUGGCGAUGAGAGUCGAGUGGCCAUGUAUCAGCUGCGCCAGCACAGCGGCUGGGUUGAUGCUGGUACGCAGGAGAGCCUCGAUCUGUAAUAUACAAAGACAUAAACACCAGCCAUUGUAACAUUACUCAUCUCAUACAAUAGACUACACUUGGUGAAGGGUGAUUGCUCCCUUUGACAAGCGAUUGAGUACCGAAUGCCACUACUCUGCUAAUACUGGU